UAGUUAUGCCUGAAAUCUUAGACUACGUUGAAGAUGAGCGGAAGAAAGAGGAGGUAGAUGAGUCCACACCCCUGCAUGUUUAUUACUGUCUCUGUGGACAGAUUGUCCUCAUUGUGGACACAGUGCUGUCAAAACUACCGGUCAGACCGAGAGACGAGGCAACAGUGAUAGACGCCACGAAACAUGCGCACAAGAUCCAAUGUGAGAAUGCAGAUGAAGUUUACCUGAGGUGGAAGGAUGGAGUAGAGCACCAGUUCAGAAAGAGGUGCAAGAAGUGCAAACUGCUGCUAUUCUACAGACACAAAGCAGACGACACGCUCACUUUAUUUGUAAUCAAGGGCUCAGUGCAAUUAGAAACAGAUCCGACCGCAACUGGUGAAGCAUCAACAUCAGCACAAUCUUCAUCCUCUGCAUCAUCAUCAUCAGCUGGUGUUGGUGGUAUUACCAAGAGAUCGGUGUACGACCAGAUAGACAAAGACGAGGCAGCUAGAAAGAGGAGUAGCAAGGUGUUGGUGAAGAAACACGUGCAUGACAAGGGCAAAACUGGAUCAGUGACUGUGUCCACAAUUGAAGACGAGGAGGAUGAAAUUGAACAGAGGGAGAUUGCUGACUCGUACGCGGCGAAUGCCAAAGUGGUGUAUCGAAUGAUGGAGGCGAAGGGACUGUUGAAGAGGAAGAUGGCUCAGCAGGCGGCCAUUGAGGACCAGCACAAGAAGUACAAGGGAACCCUCAUCGACAAUCUAUUCAAGUGAGAGAGAGAGAGAAGAGGGCAGAUGCCAUGUCUGCCGGGCAUCAAGAUACUCCCGGUGGAGCCAAGACACAAUUCCAUAAUUCCAGGCACUUUUAGAAGUGUAUACCAUCGUACUUCUCUCUCUCUCUCUCUAUCCACGCUAAGAUCCGUACGCGGGCUUCAACAUGGGAUAUCAAAGAACUUUGAAUGCGUGAAAAGGCUGAUUUUGCAAGACAAUAGAAUAUGGUGUUUAAAAUUUCUUCUGUGAUUUAGUCGUAAGCAUCUAGAUUUGUUAGCUAGAAUUUAAUUUUGUGAAACA